AUGAAGCUAUGGGGGCAUUUUUCGAUCCUUCUGUUCGCCCUUGUGGUAAAUGGACAGAAUGACACUCUUGGUCUCAGCAGUGGGUACACAUCACUAUCAACUGCGAAUUUCGACAUCAAGUUAGUCAAGGAUUCGCAAAUUCUUGCCUCUCUAAAACUGACUGGCUCUGAUUUUGAUUUCUUGCCAUUCGACGAUAUCACCUAUCGAGCGGCCAAUGGCCAAUAUCACAAUGGCGACAUCACCUUCCGCUAUCGUGUUUCUGGUGCUACUGAAUGGGUAUCAGUCGACUCAUCGACGGCAAGAAAAAAGGUGAACAGCGUCACAACCAGCGGUCUCGCUGCUGCCGACCUUUCGCCUACAUUACCAUCAAAUUCGCCAAUUCGUGUGAUCCGAGAAUGGUCUACAGUUGACGGGGACUUGGGACUGUCAUUCACGCUUACAAAUACGGCCAAACAGCCUGUAGAGAUUGGCAGUCUUGGUUUUCCCACGGAGUUUAACAGUAUCUUUACGAAUCGUGCAGCGGAAGACAUGGCGGCAAAGUGCUCGCUCACCGACCCUUACAUUGGAAUGGAUGCUGGGUAUCUUCAAGUUACUCCGACAUCUGGAACAGGAGCUGCAUUGAUUGUGACUCCUCUCGGCAACACCAGUACUCCACUCGAAGCGUGGAGAAAUCUAGAUGAACCCAGUACUGACCCUCUUUACUAUGAGAGUCAGACUUUUGAAGGUUUCUACGAGUGGCAGACUCAUAGCAAGGCGUAUGCUGAAAAUGAAUGGUCUGGCAUCACGCCUUGGAAUGAUCCAAGCUCCAAGACAUUGAAAUCUGGCAAGUCGGUCACGUAUGGGCUGCGAUUCUCCAUUGUCAAGGACGGAAUUCGCGGUAUCCAAAAAGCUGUUCAGUCAACCGACACUCCUGUCACAAUUGGCAUUCCUGGUUAUGUCGUCCCUGUUGACCUCACUGCCCAACUUUACGUGUUCCACGGGGAUAUCUCCAAGGUUGUAUCCGACGAUAAAGCAUUCAAGAUCUCGCAAGACUCGAAGGGUACCCUCAGCCUGACUCCAACUGGCUCUGUUUGGGGCCGAACCAAAGUGACCAUCACAUAUAAAGAUGGCAAGGUUCAAACGGUGCACUAUUUCAUCACUGAUUCUGCGCCAUCAGUCAUCAGCAAACUCGGCGAAUUCUCUACCACAUCUAUGUGGUUUGACAAUACCUCGGAUCCCUUCGGCCGCGCGCCCUCAGUCAUAACUUGGGAUCAUUCAAUCGGAGCACAAGUCUUGCAGGAUCCGCGAGUCUGGAUCUCAGGUCUCAGCGACGAAGGUGGCGUGAUCUACCUAGCUACAGCCAUGAAACAAUUCGGUCUCAGCGAUUCCGCGGAAAUCACGAAACUUGAACACUUCGCUUCUGAUGUACUCUCAAAAACAAUCCAAAAUCCGGAUUUCACCGUUCGGAAGAGCAUCUUUUUCUAUGAGCCUGAUCUAGUCCCCAACUACCAGUACAAUCAGUCUAUUGACUGGGGCAACUGGUGGUCAUGGAAUAGGAACGCCUCGUAUGCGACAGAUCGUGCGUACGAUUAUAUCCAUGUGAUCGGGGCUUAUUGGGCACUUUAUCGUGCUGGGCGAGCCGAUGACUCGCUUCUCAGUGUCAAUACUUGGCAGUGGUACCUGGGUAAGGCGUACAAUACCACAGUCACCUGUUUUGCAACCGACUCGAAUGGCAAUGGCUUGGUCGGGUACUCGCGGGUGGGGCUCAUGGGGGAGACUGUGGUGGGAGAGCUUCUGGCCGAUCUUCGUCGUGAGAAUUGGACUAGUGAAGCAGAUGCUGUGGAAGCUGCCAUGAAACUCCGGGCAGAUGCGUGGGAUACUCAGGCCGUGCCGUAUGGAAGCGAGAUGGCUUGGGAUUCGACGGGUCAGGAGGGAAUCUAUUACUGGAGCAACUACUUCAAUCUCGCGAACACAGCAACAAAAACCAUCAACAGCAUCAUCGGAUACAUGCCAACGGUUUCUCACUGGGGCUGGAACGGAAAUGCUCGAAGAUAUUGGGAUUUCAUUUACGGUGGCAAAUUAGAACGAAUCGAGCGCAUGAUUCACCAUUACGGCUCCGGCCUUAACGCGCUUCCGCUCCUUUCCCAAUUCCGCCAAACUCCCAACGACACUUAUCUCCUACGCGUGGGAUAUGGCGGUAUCACGGGCCCACUGAGCAACAUUCGCCAAGAUGGAUCCAUGUACAAUGCCUUCCACUCGUUCCCCGAUACCCUCCGUGGCGACGAUUAUUCGGGAGACUAUGGGCCGAACUUUCUCGGCAUGAUGAUUGGAUCUGGUGUCUAUGUUGUGCACGAUCCGGAUGUAGGCCUUGUGACUUAUGGCGGGAAUAUGGGUGUGUCGGGUAAUUCUGUCACAGUCCAGCCGCGGGAUGCUCUACGCCGUCGUGUUUAUGUUGCUCAGUUGGGUGUUUAUGUUACGAUCAGCGCGGGCCAGAUUGAGCAGUUUUCGUUCGAUACGUCUGACCUAGCCUCUUUGAAGAUGCGUGUCGUGCCUGGUCCGGCCAAGGCGUCGUCUACUAUCGUUUGGAUCGAAACGCCUGGCACCACUGACACAUACGUUGUUUCUGGGAAGGCAAAAAGCCAGAGAGGUGGAUGGGCGGUUGAACUGGGUUCUGCAGGGGCCGACGUGAUCGUCUCCAAGGUGUAA